AUGUUAAGUGUUCCCAGCAAGAUCCUAGAAGCAAUAGUAUGCGAAGGCCUGGACGAAUUUAUCUCAGAUACAGGACUUCUAAGUAAUACCCAAUGGGGCUUCCGAGCUGGCAGGGCAGCUGAGGGUCUUCUGAUACAUCUAACUGAAACCUGGAAGCAAGCAUUGGAUCACAGACAGGUAGGUGGACACUUUCAGAAGGCUUUUGAUACGGUAUCUCACACUAUUUUGAGAUACAAACUAGAAGCCAUUGGUAUAACUAGAGAUCUUCUAAAUUGGAUGAUUAGUUAUUUAACAAACAGGAAGCAGUUUGCCAUUGUAAAAGGUUGUAACUCACAGACUAGAAAUGUCUGUUGCGGAAUGCCACAAGGUUCCUUGCUUGGGCCAAAAGCAUCGACUCCUUCAAGUGCAACUUGAGCUGUAACGUCAAAUGCUUUUUACUUUGAAAUAGGUCCAGCUAUUACAAACUAUCAUGUUCCUAUACAAGGACAGGAUCACUGCCACAACCAUGAGAACCAAAACGUAUCUGCAGUCAGGGUGCCACUGAAACACCCAUUAGUGAGUUAAAAAGGAUCAUGUCACGCUACAGUCAAACCUAACCCUAUAAAACUUUCUAGCUGACGAUAUGACAACCAAAAUGUAAUGAUAAAAGGCUGGAGCGGUUAAAAUGGUGGCUUCAUUUCAAUCAUGCCCUAUAUUUCUUUAUCUGUUUUGGAAGAGAUGGACUAAGUAUAGUAAAAUAUUUUUAUGGGCAUAAUAAAAUAAUCAAUAAAUUAUCAUAAUAAUGUAAUAAUAAUAAUAGUUUUAUAUUUCAAAUUAUUGAUUAUAAUUAUAUAAAAAUUGAUGUCAAUUCGGUAUCAUUUGUUUCAAAUGAUUUGCAAUGUCAACUGGAUCAAUAAUGUAAGUGCAACGCUUUGAUUAGGAUAGACUUGUCCAUAUAAACUAAUGGAAACAAAGGAGGACGUAUCGAUAAAUUAGCCUGCAGCCCACUAUUAAUCCACAAUUAAUAUCUCUUAGUAACAAACUGCAGAUUUUUUUAAGGAUAUGCAGAGUAAAGUUAAUUUGGAAGGUAGAUUCUCCAUAAUGAUUGCGAGAUGAUUUUCUAAGAGCUAUGCCACUGCCAGAUUAUGUAAAGCCUAGAAGCACUCAUUCUUGUGCCAUUUAAACUGUAACAAUUUAAUGCUGUGAUGCCAUUAGGAAACAGUUUCAGCCAUGACAAAGGAUAAUGCUAAAGGCAUGAGAACCACAAAUUCUCCAGAGUGUGCCUCUGGGCAAAUAUCACCAACAUUUUCAUCAACAUAUUUCAUUAGGUGACCUCUUCAUCACAGGAGAAACAAGACAGCCAUUGCCUUCUUGGUUAUGCAUACUACACCUGUAAUGUCACAAAAGUUGCUAGGUGAAUCUUGUUUUAAUUUUUUUUUUUUCACAAAGUUAUGGUGGGUACCAAAAAUAAACGUGAGCUAUCAUAACGAACAUGUUGAUCUGAAGCAACCUGAAGGAACCUCAAACGUGUUAGUCUUUUCUGUUGACUCUGUAGAUCACAUUUUCGACAAAUUUAAGUCUUUCUUGGAUACCAAGCAUUCGUUCAAGUCUACUUUUUCAGUUCCGACUCUGACGCUAAGAAGCUCAAGCGAGAGGUUGGGGUCACUGGCAACUCAAAAUUCAAAGCAAUGAGGAAAAUAUUCUGUUUAAUGCAGAAAUCGAGGAACAUAGCUCCUUUGUGCUCGUUAAUAAUAAUAAUAAUAAUAAUUUUAUUUAUAUAGCGCUAAAAUCCAAUAAUUGUCCAAAGCCCUACCUAAUUAAAAAAAAAAAAAAAAAAAAAUCUAAAUUAUAAAAUAUCUACAAUAUACAAUAUAAUUCAAAUAGAGCCUAAGUUAUCUACUAUAUAAAUCAAAAACAUCUUAAAAACAAAAGGAAUCUCAUAACCUAUAUGCUAACUUAAAUAAAAAAGUUUUAAGGGAUUGCUUAAAAGUUGCCACUGAAGCACAUUUCCUAAUCUCUAGAGGUAAAUCGUUCCACAAUUUAGGUCCUGCAAUAGAGAAAGCUCUGUCUCCAUAUGUUUUCAAUCUGCUUCUUGGAACCACUAAAUAUUCUUUACAUGAAGAACGCAAUGACCUAGAGUAUGUUUCAAAAGGUCAGAAAUAUAAGAAGGUGCAAGGCCAUGAAGGGCCUUGUAUACCAAUAAAAGGACUUUAAAAGUUACUAUAAAGAAAGGUGAAUCUCGCGGGCGCAAAAGUCCUUGGACAUGAAUUGCGACAUAAACUUAUCAAGCCAGCCAGAUAGUUGAAGACCUACGUAGGAUGGCUGGUACUCUACCAGUGAUUACCGGUGUAUCAAGCUAAGAGAGACAAAAUAAAGAGAGCACUCCAAGGUGGCGGUUCAACAACAAGGUACAACAACUCCUUAAUUCGUGAAAACAAGGCCAAUACCUGACUGUUUACAAUGUAUCAAUAUUGAUCAAUAUUGUCACAGGUAGUGCAAGGAUACGAGCAGGAGGAACUGGCAGACAACUUAGGAGAUGAAAGGAGCAUUACAAUGCCAAAGUAG